CGCGCAGGCUGAUAAACUUCACUCAACUCUUUUACUCAAAGCCUCGGCAGAAGCCAGAAGCACCAGCCUCUUCUCAGCCUAUUUCUAAUACAUCUUCUACAUCUCUCUCUCUCUGUUGAUAUAUAUAGACACACUGCACGCACAGAUAUAUCUACUUGAUAGUGGUGUUGUUGGUUUAUAAAUUGGUAAUUAUCGAUGGAAAACCUAGCCCUAGUUUCUUCCCCGAAAAUGGUAGUGGGUUGGUCUCCCAACCCAAGAGAUAGGGUCUCAAACAGGUACUCCUCUGGUAUUCCUCAUCUGUUCCGAAGGACUACCAGAAGAAGUGGUCGAGAAAUCUCUCUCACCAGAACCGCAACUUCCAUUUCAGCUCUCUCUCCGCCUCAGGGUAACGACGGUCAUGCCCCUCCCAGAACCACCAAAUUAAUUGUGUUAAAGAAGCUAGGAAAGGAAAGUUUUGCAAGCAUUACUUCUUCAACUAGUCAAGAAACAUCUUCAGUUGGUGUUAGCCCACAGUUUUCGGUGCCGCCUCCGUCGUCACACGUAGGGUCACCUCUCUUUUGGAUUGGAGUUGGUGUUGGCCUCUCAGCACUUUUUUCAUGGGCGGCUACGAACUUAAAGAAAUAUGCAAUGCAACAAGCUGUCAAGACCUUGAUGGGGCAGAUGGAUUCACAAAAUAACCAAUUCAAUAAUCCUGCCUUCUCCCCUGGAUCACCUUUUCCUUUUCCAACGCCCCCAGCAUCACGUCCAGCUACCUCAACUUCUCCAGUUGCGUCUCGGUCUGCAGUGACUGUAGAUGUAGCUGCGACCAAAGUGGAGAUCCCACCUGCCUCAGAUAUCAAAGAUGACACAGAACUAGAGAACAAACCAAAGAAAUAUGCUUUUGUAGAUAUUUCUCCUGAAGAAACUUUGCAGAAGAGUCCUUUUGAGAGUUUCAAAGAAUCAACUGAGACAGAUUCGUCAAAGGAUGCUCAGUUUGCCGACCAAGUUUUUCAAAAUGGAGCUGCUUCUAGACCAGGGAUAGGUGCUUCUGAUGGGUCCUCAUCUUCCCGUAAGUUGAAUAAUUAAUUAAAAUUUCAUGCA